AUGGCGGAAACAGCGGAAGGUAAAGCAUUGCCAGAUGCAGAUAAGAAGAAAGAACAGAGUCUAUCAUUUUAUCAGCUUUUUUCUUUUGCUGAUAAAUAUGAUAUUCUUCUUAUGAUUUGUGGUACCCUCGGGGCCAUCAUUCAUGGAUCCUCCAUGCCCGUUUUCUUCCUUCUGUUCGGUGAAAUGGUUAACGGGUUUGGUAAAAACCAAAUGGAUUUGCACCAAAUGACCUCUGAAGUAUCCAAGUAUGCUCUGUAUUUCGUCUAUCUUGGAUUGGUAGUGUGUUUUUCAUCCUAUGCAGAGAUUGCGUGCUGGAUGUACACUGGGGAAAGGCAAGUAAGUGCACUGAGGAAGAAGUAUUUGGAGGCAGUGUUAAAACAGGAUGUUGGGUUCUUUGAUACUGAUGCAAGGACUGGGGAUAUUGUUUUUAGUGUCUCAACCGACACCCUACUUGUCCAAGAUGCUAUCAGUGAGAAGGUGGGAAAUUUCAUCCAUUAUCUUUCUACGUUUUUGGCGGGAUUGGUGGUUGGUUUUGUGUCGGCAUGGAGGCUGGCUCUGCUCAGCGUGGCCGUGAUUCCAGGAAUUGCAUUUGCCGGUGGUUUAUAUGCUUAUACUCUCACAGGUCUCACGUCCAAGAGUCGAGAAUCAUAUGCCAAUGCUGGUAUAAUAGCUGAGCAGGCCAUUGCUCAGGUUAGGACAGUUUACUCUUAUGUUGGUGAGAGCAAGGCCCUCAGUGCAUACUCUGAUGCCAUACAAAACACAUUGAAGCUAGGAUACAAGGCUGGAAUGGCAAAAGGUCUGGGAUUAGGAUGUACUUAUGGAAUAGCAUGCAUGUCCUGGGCUCUUGUUUUCUGGUAUGCUGGUGUUUUUAUCAGAAAUGGACAAACAGACGGUGGCAAAGCAUUCACUGCCAUUUUCUCUGCCAUUGUUGGUGGCAUGAGUUUGGGUCAGUCAUUUUCUAAUCUUGGGGCGUUCAGCAAAGGUAAAGCUGCUGGAUACAAGUUAAUGGAGAUAAUCAAGCAAAAGCCUACAAUAGCUCAAGAUUCAUUCGAUGGAAUGUGCUUGACUGAAGUCAAUGGAAACAUCGAGUUUAAGAAUGUAACUUUCAGCUAUCCAUCUAGACCUGAUGUUAUUAUAUUCAGAGAUUUCUCGAUCUUCUUUCCUGCUGGAAAGACAGUUGCAGUAGUGGGUGGUAGUGGAUCAGGAAAAAGCACGGUUGUUUCUUUGAUAGAACGGUUUUACGAUCCAAAUCAGGGACAAAUUUUGCUGGACAACGUGGAAAUCAAGACGCUGCAGUUGAGAUGGUUGCGUGAUCAAAUUGGUCUCGUGAACCAAGAACCUGCACUAUUUGCCACCACGAUUCUUGAGAACAUACUAUAUGGAAAGCCGGAUGCAACCAUGGCCGGAGUGGAGGCUGCUGCUUUUGCUGCAAAUGCUCAUAGCUUUAUUACCUUGCUUCCUAAUGGAUACAACACUCAGGUUGGAGAGCGUGGCGUCCAACUUUCUGGUGGUCAAAAGCAGAGAAUAGCAAUUGCAAGAGCUAUGUUGAAGAACCCGAAAAUACUUCUGCUUGAUGAAGCAACUAGUGCCCUUGAUGCAGGUUCAGAAAGCAUCGUCCAAGAGGCACUGGAUCGUCUGAUGGUUGGAAGGACAACUGUGGUUGUCGCUCAUCGUCUCUCAACCAUAAGAAAUGUGGACUCUAUUGCAGUUAUACAGCAAGGGCAAGUUGUAGAAACUGGAAGCCACGAAGAACUGAUUGCCAAAGCUGGGGCCUAUGCAUCCUUAAUUAGAUUCCAGGAAAUGGUAGGAAACAGAGAUUUUUCGAAUCCUUCAACUCGACGUACACGUUCAUCACGGCUAAGUCAUUCAUUGUCGACAAAAUCUCUUAGCCUUCGUUCUGGAAGUUUAAGAAACUUGAGUUAUUCAUACAGCACUGGCGCUGAUGGCCGUAUAGAGAUGGUAUCAAAUGCCGAAACUGAUAGGAAAAAUCCUGCCCCUGCUGGGUACUUCUGCCGGCUUCUUAAACUAAAUGCUCCUGAGUGGCCUUACUCGAUCCUGGGUGCGAUAGGAUCGAUUCUUUCUGGCUUCAUUGGUCCGACUUUUGCCAUUGUGAUGAGCAAUAUGAUUGAGGUGUUCUACUAUCGAAAUCCAGCUAGCAUGGAAAGGAAGACUAAGGAAUAUGUUUUUAUUUACAUCGGAGCGGGUCUCUAUGCUGUCGUGGCAUAUUUGAUACAACAUUAUUUCUUUAGUAUCAUGGGAGAGAACCUCACUACACGCGUGAGGAGGAUGAUGCUUGCAGCAAUUUUGAGGAAUGAAGUUGGAUGGUUCGAUGAGGAGGAGAAUAAUUCAAGUCUCCUUGCAGCCCGCCUAGCAACCGAUGCUGCAGAUGUAAAAUCUGCUAUUGCAGAGCGAAUUUCUGUUAUAUUGCAGAAUAUGACUUCUCUUCUUACUUCUUUCAUAGUGGCCUUUAUAGUGGAAUGGAGGGUCUCAUUGCUCAUACUGGCUACCUUCCCUCUCCUGGUCUUAGCCAAUUUUGCUCAGCAACUCUCUCUCAAGGGGUUUGCUGGAGACACAGCCAAGGCACAUGCAAAAACUAGCAUGAUUGCGGGGGAAGGAGUAAGCAAUAUCCGGACUGUUGCGGCGUUCAAUGCGCAAGAAAAAGUUCUCUCUCUGUUUUGCCACGAACUCCGUGUGCCACAACAACAAAGUCUUCGCCGCAGCCAGUCUUCAGGGUUUUUAUUUGGUCUUUCACAACUUGCACUUUAUGCGUCGGAAGCUCUAAUCCUGUGGUACGGUGCCCACCUUGUUAGCAAAGGCGUCUCUACCUUCUCGAAGGUUAUUAAGGUAUUCGUAGUCUUGGUUAUCACAGCAAAUUCAGUUGCUGAAACUGUUAGCCUUGCUCCCGAGAUUAUAAGGGGUGGUGAAGCUGUUGGCUCUGUUUUCUCCAUUCUUGAUCGCUCUACUAGGAUAGAUCCUGAUGAUUCUGAAGCAGAGCCAGUUGAAUCAAUUCGUGGUGAGAUUGAGCUCCGUCAUGUUGACUUUGCGUAUCCUUCACGUCCAGAUGUGAUUGUAUUCAAGGACCUCAGCCUUAGAAUCCGUGCUGGCCAAAGCCAAGCACUUGUUGGGGCGAGUGGAUCAGGAAAGAGUUCGGUAAUAGCACUAAUCGAGCGAUUUUACGAUCCAAUGGCUGGUAAGGUUAUGAUUGAUGGGAAAGACGUUCGGAGGUUUAACUUAAAGUCGCUCCGACAGAAAAUUGGGUUAGUGCAGCAGGAGCCAGCACUUUUUGCGGCUAGCAUUUUCGACAACAUUGUCUACGGGAAAGAUGGUGCUACGGAAGGAGAAGUAAUCGAAGCAGCUCGAGCUGCAAAUGUGCACACAUUUGUUAGUGGAUUGCCCGAAGGCUAUAAAACUCCAGUAGGUGAAAGAGGAGUUCAACUCUCUGGGGGACAGAAACAACGGAUAGCAAUUGCACGAGCUGUUCUCAAGGACCCAUCAAUCCUUCUACUUGACGAAGCAACUAGUGCUCUUGAUGCUGAGUCAGAAUGCGUGCUACAAGAAGCACUUGAAAGGCUGAUGCGAGGCCGAACCACUGUUCUUGUGGCCCACAGGCUAUCCACAAUACGAAGGGUGGAUAGUAUCGGUGUUGUGCAGGAUGGACGUAUUAUCGAACAAGGUAGCCACUCCGACCUUAUCAGCCGCCCCGACGGAGCGUAUUUCAGGCUCUUGCAACUACAACACCAACACAUAUGA